AAAAAGGAAGACGGUGAUGACUUGGUCCUCUUUGUCGACCGCAAAUAGAUAUCCUAUUUUCAGCAUCUCUCUCUUUUAGUGCGAGCGUGUCAAAUUUAUGAAAAACUAUAAAAAAAAGAAUUUAAAAAAGACGACAAGCCAAUGUGUACUAUGAUCCAACAAUUGCCAAUCUUUGAAUUUGUUCUUCUUCUGUUUUUUUAUUUGCCCAACUUAUUAUAACGAGAAUUGAUAUUUAAUUCAAGUUUUGUUAAGUUUCAUUUUUUCGGUCAUCUCUUACAACAUAACAAACAACUAUUAUUCCACCAAAGGAGAUAUAUAGAAUAUGUCUAUAAAUUCAUCGAAACGUAUGGGGAAAGAUAACCUCACGAAACCGGCAAUACAGUCUCAACUUGCCAGAUUAAAGCGGGAGGAAGAAGAAGAAUUAUGGAUAUCAGGAGAAGAACUUUGUACGGAAGGAAGUAGCGAUGAAGAGGAUAGUAAAACAUGUUCGAGAUCAUCCUAUAGAACGAAUAGGAAUCAUGAUUCGUGUAAUUCGUCGUUCAGUGGAAGACAUCAUUGGAUUGUAGCGGAUAAUACGAAAGAAAUUUCCGAACGAUUAAAUAGCAAUUCUGAAAUUAGAAAUACGAUGCCUUCGAUAGAAAUAAUCAAUUCGUCUAAAGUAGAUACGCCAAAUACACAAUCGAAUUUUUCGAUAGAAUCGGAAAUGAAUGUUUUAAUGACGGAUGAUACAUCGUGUUCGAAUGUGACACAAGAUGAGGAAGAAGGAGAAAGCUUUAAAGACUGUGAAAUAUCGUGGAAGGUUAACAGAGGUACCAUCAGGUUACUUAAUACAGGUGCAAAGGCUGCUACUACGAAACUCGAAAAACCGUAACACUGAAUUUUUCAUUAGAGAUAGUAUUUUUCUUAGGAUUAAAUCUUGUUAACAAUCUUAUAUAUAUUUUUUAUUAUCAAUUCUUGCGUUUUAAUUUCGACUAUAAUUGUUUCGAAUGAAAUUCAAAUUUUUCCCGCAAGUAAAUCGUGACGUUGCGAAAGCAUAUUUCCUUGAAUUUUGAUUGGACAGCUUACAUUUAAUGUAAUCCAAUCAAAAUAUUUUAAAGCACGUCAUGUGAUUUUUUAUUUUUUAAAUUAUAUUUAGUUCGCUUAGUUUCUUAGUUUUUAUUUGUAAAUACAAAUGUUAGUAUAUUGAAUAUACUCUUGGUUUGAUAAAAGAUAUAUUGACGAAGGGAAUGCAAGAGGAAAUAACUGAAUUAAAGGAAUUAACGCAAUUAGGUUAUCAACGAGAAUGUGAAUUUUUCGCGCGUUUACGAGAAAGUCUUCAAAUUAAAGGUAAUUAAAAUUAUAAAAAAUUUAUUGCGAAUGUUUUCUUUUGAAAUUCUGAUCUUUUAUUACAAGAUGAUCACGAUGACAUCGGGAAAGCAUAUCUAAGAAAUAAUAUUAAUAAAUGCCAAUUGAAAAACAUUAGUACAAUAAAUGAGGAGUUGAAAAAAGAAAUAUCGAAGAUAGAGAAUUUGGAUACUGCUAUCAAAAAAUUUGAUAAUAAUAUAGAAGUAAAUAUUUUUUGCAAUUUCGAAUAUAUUAAACACAUUUAACUUAUUCACUUCAAUAAGUAAAUUGUUGUAAAUAAAACAAAGUAUAUUUAAGAUGAUUCUUAACAUAGAUAGAGAUGAAAGAAACUUUAUUAUGUCAAUACAAAAAUCGUGAAAGAUUGAAAGAGAUAUUAAAGAACGUACCACUUGAAACUGGAAAAUUAGCUGAAAAUACGCAACAAUUUUUUAGUUUGUACAAUGAAUAUGGUGACGUACCUGGUAACAUAUAACUGAACAUAUUUAUAUAUGUAAAUAUAUUAUUCAAUGAUAUCUCUUUCUUUUCUCUAUUUAUGAAUAAGCAUUUACGGAUGGGCAAGACAAAAUUAAACAAAAUAAAAUGCAUAAAAUUAAAAUUUGUCAAUCAAAGAAGAAUAAUAUGGUAUGUGUCAUAUUUAAUUGUUUAUGAAUUUUUAUUUUGAUAGGAAUAUAAUGAAAAAUAUUAUUAACAGUUUAAAGCAUAUCAGUCAAAAAUGUUUCAUAAAAUUACUUA